AGCCCGACGUCCCCUCCCCCUCACUUCCCUCCCUCUCUCCCCACGCGCGCCGCGGGACCGACCCGGAGCCUCCGAAAGCCCGAGAGCAGGGGAGCCGGCCGAGCCCCAGCCCUCCCUCCCCCCUCGUUGUCCUCCUCCCCCCCCCCUCCUCAGUGUCUCCUUCCUCGUCUCCGUUCCUUCUGGUCAGUCCGCUCCGUGGGGCUCCCACUCGCUCGGCUGGUGAGCCCUCGCCGCCGCCGCCGCCGCCACCUCCACGGCGGUCUCCUCCAGGAUGCCCGGGACCCGGCCGCCAGCCGCGGGGCUCCCGCCGCUCGCGCUGCUGCUCGUCCUUCUGCUGGGGAGCCAGGCGGCUCAGCUGGGAGAUGCUUCCCCAGAAGGGCGGCUCGGGCCCUCGAGCCUGCACCACCUGCAUUCUGAACAAUUGGCCAACAACAAGAUCAGUAAGGAGAAUGCUGAGGGCAAAGUCAGCACCACGGCCAGUGCAGCCCUGCCUGGGGAAGAGGCUGCAGAGCGUGAGCUUGAGGGGACAGUGCCGGCCCACCCUGAGAGCCUGCCUGUAUCCACGGCCCUCGCAGAGGCCUCUGGGAAGCACACCUUCCCAGCAAGGAAGAAGCCCCCCUCUCUCAAGCAAGUGAACACAGCAAGGAAGCAUUUGAGACCAAAGACUACUCCUUCCAUACUUCAGAGAACGGCUUCCCAGCCUGCUCCCUCCAAUCCCGGCUUCUUCCUCUUUACCGAAAAACCCCACGUGGCAGGGGACAUGGCCUCUGGUUCCCUGGAGGGCAAACACGGGCCAGCUGAACAGCCCUCCUGGCUGGGCCGGAAAGGCGGCGGUGGCCCCACCACCCCAGCUCCCCUGGAGAUCUCCCCCUACACCUCACUGCCUCUUCUAGAACACACCUUGCUGCAAAGCCCAGAAGAGCCGGAGGCAUCCAUUCCCACAGCUCAGGAUGCUCCCGGAGAGGAUGGAGCCAGUCCCAUUCCUCUGAAGGAGAAUGAUCUAGCCAGCUCAGCCUCAGAGGAGAGCCAAGAGACAACCACCUCCACCAUCAUCACAACCACGGUCAUCACCACAGAGCAGGCUCCAGCUCUCUGCAGCGUCACCUUCUCUGAUCCUGAGGGCUACAUAGACUCCAACGACUAUGCCCCACUGCCCCUGCACAGCUUCCUGGAAUGCACCUACAAUGUGACUGUCUACACCGGCUACGGCGUGGAGCUCCAGGUGAAGAGUGUGAACCUGUCUGAAGGAGAGCUUCUCUCCAUCAGAGGAGUGGAUGGCCCCAACCUGGUGGUAUUAGCCAAUCAGACCCUUUUGGUCGAGGGACAGGUGAUCCGAAGUCCAACCAAUACCAUAUCCGUCUACUUCCGAACAUUCCAAGAUGAUGGGAUUGGAACUUUCCAACUUCACUACCAGGCCUUCAUGCUGAGUUGCAGCUUCCCCCGGAGACCUGCUUUUGGAGAUGUCACAGUGAUGGACUUGCAUUCAGGUGGGCUUGCUCAUUUCCACUGCUAUCUGGGCUAUGAACUACAAGGUGCCAAGACGCUGACUUGCAUCAAUGCUUCCAAACCUCACUGGAGCAGCCAGGAGCCCAUCUGCUCAGCUCCCUGUGGAGGGAUUGUCCACAACGCCACCAUUGGCAGAGUUCUCUCGCCCAGCUAUCCUGGGAACACCAAUGGGAGUCAAGUGUGUGUGUGGACCAUUGAGGCACCAGAAGGCCAGAAACUACACCUACACUUCGAGAGGCUCUCCCUGAGUGAUAAGGACAGGAUGAUUGUCUACAGUGGCCGGACCAACAAGUCCACUGUCCUCUAUGAUUCCUUCCAAACGGAGAGUGUUCCCUUUGAGGGCCUGCUGAGCGAAGGUUCGGCCAUCCGGAUCUACUUCAUGGCGGAAGAGGCCAGGGCCACCACAAUCUUCAAUAUUCGAUUUGAAGCUUUUGAGAAAGGCCACUGCUAUGAGCCCUACAUUCAAAAUGGCAACUUCACCACCUCAGAUCCAACCUACAACAUUGGGACCACGGUGGAGUUCACCUGUGACCCUGGUCACUCUCUGGAGCAGGGACCUGCCAUCAUUGAAUGCAUCAACGUCCGGGAUCCUUACUGGAAUGAUACGGAGCCCUUGUGCAGAGCCAUGUGUGGUGGGGAGCUCUCUGCAGCAGCUGGAGUGGUACUUUCCCCAAACUGGCCUGAGCCCUAUGCAGAGGGAGAGGACUGCAUCUGGAAGAUUCACGUGGGAGAGGACAAAAGGAUUUUCCUGGAUAUCCAAUUCUUAAACCUGAGUAACAGUGACAUCUUGACCAUCUACGAUGGGGAUGAAGUCAUGUCCCAUAUCCUUGGGCAGUACUUGGGCAACAGUGGACCUCAGAAGCUCUAUUCCUCUAGCCCAGACCUCACCAUUCAAUUCCAUUCAGAUCCCGCCGGCCUCAUCUUUGGAAAGGGUCAAGGGUUUGUCAUGAGUUACAUAGAGGUAUCAAGGAAUGACUCCUGUUCAGAUUUGCCUGAGAUUCAGAAUGGCUGGAAAACCACAUCUCACACAGAGCUGGUGAGAGGAGCAAAGAUCACCUACCAAUGUGACCCUGGCUAUGAUAUCGUAGGCAGUGACACCCUCACUUGCCAAUGGGACCUGACAUGGAGCAGUGAUCCACCCUUUUGUGAGAAAAUUAUGUAUUGCACUGACCCUGGGGAAGUGGACCAUUCAACUCGUUUGAUCUCGGAUCCCGUGCUCCUUGUUGGAACGACCAUCCAGUACACCUGCAAUGCCGGCUUUGUUCUCGAAGGAAGCUCCCUCCUGACCUGUUACAGCCGAGAAACAGGAACGCCCAUCUGGACAUCCCGACUCCCUCACUGUGUCUCUGAAGAAACUCUGGCAUGUGAUAAUCCAGGGCUGCCUGAAAAUGGCUACCAGAUAUUAUACAAGCGGCUUUACCUGCCAGGUGAAUCCCUCACAUUCAUGUGCUAUGAAGGUUUCGAGCUGAUGGGAGAAGUGACUAUCAAAUGCAUCUUGGGUCAGCCUUCCCAUUGGAGUGGACCACUACCUGUCUGUAAAGUUAAUCAAGACAGCUUUGAGCAUGCUUUAGAAGUAGCAGAAGCGGCAGCGGAGACCUCCCUGGAAGGGGGCAACAUGGCGUUGGCCAUAUUCAUCCCAGUGCUCAUCAUUUCUCUGCUGUUGGGUGGGGCUUACAUCUACAUCACCAGGUGUCGAUACUAUUCCAAUUUGCGCCUGCCCUUAAUGUACUCCCACCCCUACAGCCAGAUCACAGUGGAGACUGAAUUUGACAACCCAAUUUACGAAACAGGGGAAACAAGAGAAUAUGAAGUUUCGAUAUAAAGACGGUUCUGCUCAGAUGUGACCUUCAAGAUGUGAAUGACAAUAGGACUUCCUCAGUAACUCAUCCAGAGACCACGCGGCAUUCGAUUGAAACCCCUGGCUCUUCCAUUGUCUUUCCUUUAGACUCUUUAUUGAAGAUUUCCUGUUUUCUUCACUGUAUUUAUUAUAUUUAAGUGGAAAUAGGUGUGCUCGGCUGUUUGGGGUGGCUGUCCAGGCCAGGCACUUGGCACACUUUCAGUGCCAAGGGCGGGUGUGUAUGUGUGUUUGGUCUUUAAGGUUAAAGGGAGGAAGAUGGGCCAUGAUCUGCUGGUGAAGUCUCUCUGGAUGAUGGCACAAAAGAAAAUGGUACAUUGGCAAGGUUGCUGCGAUGUCCAGACUUAGGGACACCAGGAGUAAGGCUGUGAAGGUUUUGGGGGGAGGAUGUGUCUCUAGUCAGCUAGAGAUGUUACAGGCCAGAUGGCUCAAGCUCCACAGGACCAUGGUCUGGCCCUUGGAGAUGACCCAGGGACAUUGGCCAGUUUGAUCUCCAAUGUGAUGCUGUGCUCUCAUGCUCAUCCUUUAGGUUUUAACGACACUUUGUCGAGGGGUACCAAAUCUUACCAGUCCCUGCUCAUUUCUUGCCACUUCCCUCCCUCCCUUCGGAGAUAUCCAAGGGACAAAAACCAUUGUUCUCAUCGUCCAACAUUUUCAGCUUUACCUGUUCAUGUCAUUGGCUGUUUGUGGAGGUAGAUGCUUAUUUCCAAAGUCUCUGAAGUCAGAGAUAUCUUCUCUCUCCAGCUUCGUCCUUGACUCAGGAAAUUGGCACGAGAGGGUCAAUGAUUUCUCUAGGUCUCGGCGGGAAGAGGAGACAAAGGGAAACCUGACUCCAGAUUCACAAGCUGCCUAUGUGGCUUCCUCCCCUGCUGCCCACUCCAUAAUGAUAAAGAGAGAUUUGACAUUCACUGUAGCUGCCAGAAAUUAGCAUGCAUUUAGGCAGCAGGGUCUUUUCAACUCUGCUUGCCUAGGAGUCUUGGGGGAUGUUUAGCUUUCUUUUCUCAUAUUUUAAAGACUGUGUCGAUCUUUGGAUUCCAAUUAGGGGCAAGAUGUCUUAAACUGAAAAGUUAGCUGAACUGUCUCUGAGCCCGCCCCCCCCCAACCCCUGCCAUAUAUUUCCCACUUUGAUUCUCCUUCGUAAAUAGGGGAUUCCAUCAAUCAACAAACAUUUUAUAGCACUUAUACCGUGGCUGGAACCUGAGUGAUAGAAAAAAUAACUAUAGAGAAUAAAACAAUCUCUGCCCUUAAGAAAUUUGCAUCCACCAAGAGAGGAUAGACUGGCUCGAUCCAUUUGCAAGUGUCUGUAAAGCACCUACUAUGUGUCAAAUACUGGGAGAAAUGCUAGAGACAUAAAAAUCUAACAGUUCCUGCCUUCAAGAAACUUAACAAUCUAUGCGGGAGAAGACAUAUCCAUAUUGAAGUAGGUGCAAAAGACAGCCAAAGCAAACAGAAAGUAACAUGGGUGAGAAGGCAUUGGCCUGAAGGAAUUCUCCCAGCUGGGUUUUUGAAAAGCACAUUUAAAGGUCUAAAACUGCAGUUCCCAUUUCUCAGAAGGUCUAAGAGGGAGUGGGGCAAGGAGUGACAAAGUGAUGACAGUAAAAGGCAGAACUGAAGCCAACUAUACAUUUUUUCCUUUUAGGGCAUUAUGAUGUAUGAGGCAGGGGGUGGAAUCUUGAUUAACCACUGGGGACUCUAGUAAAACUGAGAACAUAAUGUCGUAUAAGUUACCUGCUGAAUGUCUCCCACGUGGGUCAUAGAAAUCUCCUGGUAGAUAUUGAUCUACUACAGUUUAGAGACUCCCAGCAGUCAAAGUGAUAAUAAAUCCAACUACCAUCUCUUUGCAUUUUUCCCUUUUUUCUUCUCGAUGUUUCUUAUGUUGAUUGCCAAUGUCGAAGAGGCCCCCACCAUCUAUCUGCUUUGUCCUCCUCUCCCCACUUGUAUCUCAGGGUAAUGGGAAGAAUGCAGAAAGAAUUAUGAAUUUGUGUGUGUAGUAGACAUGGAAUGAAAGGAAAAAGGGCAUCCAUCUAGGACUUCAAUCAAGCUGAUAAUAUUCACUGCUCUGCACAACUGUUGAGAGAAGUGACGAAACUUUAGGAUAUAGAGAUUAGGUAGCUUUGGCAAUCAGGGAAGGCACAAAUCCCCUUUGGACACACAGUACCAGGGCCUUUUUACUGUUCUCCCAACCCAGUCACAUCAGCUGGCUAUAUGUAGCCAGCCAAUGUAGAAUUCUUUCCCCCACUGAGGUUAUCAUUCAAAUAACACUGGAGGUGAAGUUGAGGUUAAGGAUGGGAUGAAGGGAUGAAGAAACUCUAUACUUUGUUUUCCUCCCAUUUCUAGCCUAGUGCAUACCCAGAUCAUUGGGACCUGUGUUUACAACUCCUGAGUUGAAAUCCCUUGGCAUAUGUCCCAGGUCAGGGAAUGGAUUUGGAUAGAUAUGGGAGUUUUUAUUAUCUCCUGCCUCCAAAUCCAAGAAUUCUGGAGUAGAAAGGGAUCACAGUGAUCAUUUAGUCCAAUAUAUGUUCUCUGUAAUACUUCCAGUCAUUCCUUGAAAAUUCCAAAUGAGAGGGAACCAGUUGCCUCUCAAAGUAACUGGUUCUAUUUUAGAUAUCUCAUUAUUGGGAAAUACUUCCUUGCUUCCAGCUUAAUUUAUCUCCUCCCAACUUUCCCCACCAUUGUUCCUGAUUCUGUCUUCCAAGACCAAACCAAAACAAUUCUCCCCUGCCACAGCAUCAAGAUUAUUUAUUUCAAACUGAUUUUUGGUGUUAAAAGCUCCUCUUUUCAUAAGAAGAAUCCUUUGGGUAUCUCAGUUAACAGACUGAAAUAUCUUGGAAUGAAUGGAACAGGUUUGUCACCUCCUCUCUGGAAAUCUAGACUUAUUUCUGAAUGAGGCUCGGGACUUUCCCUUCAUGGUUUAAAAACAUUCCAUACCCAUGUUAUUAAGUUCAACUUCCCCAAGAUCUGCUAGUAAGGUCCAAUAUGAGAACCAUGUUUUUGAUGGUAUUCCCCACCCACUCCUUAAAUAGAGUCAAAAUCCUUCCUGGGAAUGAAUGGCUUGUGGGAUGUUUGGGGAAGUAAAAACCAACUAUAAAGGAAAUUCAAUGUGUUUUUUUUACAGGCAAAACUCAGUCUUUUAUUUAUAUCUGAUGUUUCAUCUAACUCUGUGCCAACUGAAAUGAAACUAUAUUCUGAAACAUAAUGUAUUUAUGAGGGAAAACGAAACAUUUUCCUCCUAUAAAGUCUUAACUCUAACCUUGCUCUCCCUAAAGGGAUCCAAGCUGGGCAUUCCUAGCAAUGUUCCUUUGGAUGGAAAAGUCGGUGGUAUUUUUUGGGGUGCCGAUGUCUUUUUUCCCAGUCUUCCUAGUGCAGUAUCUGUAACCAUGAUGACGUUUUAAAAAUCUGUUCUAGUCUAGAGAAAGGUAGUGUGGAUCCUUGUGAUGUAAAAUACUUUGAAGAAGAUAGCUUUUUUUUUCUUUUUCACAGAUCUGACUGUGUAUUUGUAAUUCUUAAAGGCAAAACAAAACAAAAAACCAGUGCCAAAAAUGCACCAGGCAUGUCAUUUCAGUUCAUAUAUGUCAUUUUAUAAAGAUGAUACUAAAAUCAUUGGGAUUAAAUAUUUUGGAUGUGAUACUUCCUUGGAGGAAUUUGAAAAGUUGAGUGGACAUUCCUAAUAAGCAAACCAUGUAUUUAAACAAUUGAAACUGAGUUUACAAUGAUUGAAGCUUCAGAAAAAAAAAUGUUGAUUCCAACUUAUCUGUAACCAGAUCUCCAUUGUUUAGAAACUUAUCUGCUUGGCACUCCCCACUUUGGGUUCCUGGUAAUGUUGAAUCAACAUAUUAGCUCACUUUGUCUCACACACAAUUCCUCCCAAUUAAAUGUAUGAUUUAACUGGCAUUAGGAGUCCCCAAUAAGGAAACACAAUAUGGAUCACUUACCAUUUUGCAUCUUAUAACCUUAGAGUAUUGCCAGGGACAGAGGCAGGUUAAAGGCCUUACCCGGCCUCACACAGCCAUUGACGUCACUUCAUCUUCCCAACUCCGAGGUGAUCUCUCCAUCCGCUGUGCUAUUACAGCACAACAUAAGUAUUCCUAUAGAAGCUAGAUGGAUAUAUGUGAUGGCCUGAAAUAGCCCUGGAUUGGAAGUAAGAGGACUUGGUUCUAAGUACAGUAUGACACUGGACAAGUCACUUCCUAUCUUUACUCCUCAGUUUUCUCAUCUGUAAAGUGAUGAGAGAUUGGACUCAGCGAUGAUCUCUAAGAUCCAUUAAAUCUCUGAUUCUAUGAUAUUUUUACAUGCUUAUCUACCUACUCCUGAACAGUUCCUUAAGGCUAUAAGUUGCAGAGCAGAUGCCUCUUGCAAUGGCUAAGAGUUCCUCACUGGGAACUCCCUACACUGAUGAAAUCAUUACUAUAGCUAGAUGUAUAUGUCUAUAUUUGCUACAAAUAUUAGUCCUUCUGUAUCAUCCCAAAGGCAAAGUUCAGAUGAUCCUUUGAAGUAUCAGAUCAACAGCUUUGGACACCUCCUAAGAACCAAAAAGACCCCUGACACUGAGUAGUCAGGAUGUCCUGUGGAAUGCUAUGGCUGAAGUUUGCAGAGAGCUGUCCGGUCCUUUCUGGAGGUUACUCCGGAGGACACAGUAUCUCUUUUUGACAGAGAACAGAUUAGCUGGAAAUGAGUGGCUCCCAGUAUCUCAUGGUGGACAAUAUCUUCUCAGGAAUGACUGAGCCAGGUUUUGCCCCAUGGAUUUUCAUCUUCCUUUUCUUCUCCAAAUGAAUGUGCUCUAGAUUUUUAAAUCCAGAUUUGGGCCUCUAGAAUUGGUACCUUAGAACUUUAAAAUGAUGAGACUGGGCCAUUGUUUCCACAUCUGUAAAGUGAGGGUACAGGACUAAGACUCUCUGUGUGUCAGUUCUCCAUCAGUCAUUUCCCACAUAAUCUUUUAGAAAAGUUCUAAGCAAAAUGGCAAUACUUUAUCUUCCUUUUCUUCUUUUGGAGGUAGUGAUGGAAAGAGCAUUGGAUUUGGAGUCAGAAGCUAUAGCUAUGCUGCUAACUACCAGUGGGGCCUGGAACACAUCAAAUAUCUCUUGGCAACGGUGCCCCAUCUGUAAAAUAAGGGCAUUGAACUAGCUGAUUUUGGUGGGGGGGGUCCCUUCUAGCCAUAAACCUGUGAUCCCCAAACUGCUUCUAUUCUCCUACUUGUAAAUAUCAACUCUAGUAACAUAAAUGAAGCGCAGUAAGUUGUACAAGUCACCUUUGUCAAGUGCACGAUGGUUCAUGGCCAACUGGCAUAUCCUAAUGGUGUCUGGUCUCGAUCCAAUGGACCUGAUAUUUAAGCCAAUUGGCCUUUUAAGUAUAUGGGAUGUACUAGGGCUGGGCUACAAAACUCAACAUGAUUCUGAGACCAUCUGAGAGGGCAAAUUUGAACAAAAUGGAUUUGGGAGAAUUGCUAUGAUCUAGAGUCAUCUCCUCAUCAUACCCCAGAAAGUGCAGAGAAGCAACUGAACAGGCAGAUUUGUUCUGAGGUCCAGGCUUGUGAAGUGGGGCAGGUCACAGCGUUCCUUUCCCCUUGGAAUAUCACAUUAAAUGUUUGUAUUUUUUGACCCGCCUCAGCUAGUUCCAGAGGUCAGUCAGUCAAAUGUUUUCAUUUACCUACCACAUGCUCAGCACCAUACUGUCAACAUGCAAAUUUAUCACUUGGACAACACCUAGAUAUCACACAGAACAUAACAAGCAUUAUGGAUUCACAGAAUAUCAGAGUUGACAGGGACUUCAGAGUAAAAAUAAGAAUAUCUUCCAUAAUGUUCUUCUUGUUGUCUUUGUUCUUGAAGAGGACCAAUGGCGUCAGGAAGGUGAUGUCUUGGCUUGGGAGUGAAUUGAAUUUAAGUGAGACAGUGUUAUGCCUUGAUUUCUCCUCCAGAGUCAUUAAAGUCAGUGGCAAAAUAAAAGCCAUGACUUAGAAGUAGUGAAUGACUUUUGCCUUUCAGGCCUCAGUUUAUCUGACCUUAUCCAUUUGGUGACUAAGGGGUAGGUAAGAAUCAAGAUAAGAGAUAAUUUAAUUUACCAUAACAAAAAUCAAUUUAUUAAAUUGGGGGGAAAUAGGAGCCUAUCUUUGAAAAAUUUCCAAGGAGGAAACUAGUAUCUUCUGAGUUGACUCAUAGUACAAAAUGAGGCUACUGAACCAAAACUUCCCUAAUCAAUAAGAUUAGUAAUGUACCAAUUUAGGCAAUUGCAACACAAUCACCAAGAUCAACCAAGCGGUUUCAAAGGUAAAUAACAACAAUAUUCAAAUGGCAUUAUGAUUUCAUUGAUUCAAGAGCUUUCUUCAAUGAUACUAAUAAUACAAGAGCUUUUAACUUCACUAGUCUAGUUCCAAUACAUGAUUGAGCAAUCUCGGAUUGCAGUUGCUGAUUUCCCCAAUCAAUCUCAUCUUUUAAAGAAAGCUAUCCAUAAUAAGAACCUGGCUUCCGAUCUUGUUGACUGACUGAAUUCUAUGUGGUCAUAUUGUCACAGCUUAAAACCUGAUGUCCGAUGAGGAAAAGAUCACAGAAUUAUAGGAUGUCACAGUUGGAAUCAAGCUCAGAAGGCAACUUUUCAACCUAUACCAUCAUACCCCCACAAACACACUCACACAACAAUCCUGAAAGUCAUCCAGCCUCUGCUUGAAGACCUCCAAUGAGGGGGGACCUACUACCUCGUAAGGCAGCUCUUCCCACUUUUGGAGAGCUGUGCUUGAUGGGAAGUGCUUCAUUGUCAAAUGUUCCAAGGAACCUGUGAUUUUAUGAAUAUGGAUCUUCCCUCCAGUGAUACAGAUCACAACCAUCCAUGCCUUUUCAUCCUAGGUGACUUGUCCAUGUCCCCCAAUGGGUUUGCCACAGGGGCUCUACCCAACAUUCCAGGAAACCUACCUCCCUUUCUCUUGACGACAUGAAAUUUUCCUUCUAUUGAGCCUAAAUGUGCCUCUUUGCACCCAGUAAGAUCAUCUGGAGAAGAAAUCUUCAGGAUGCUAAAUGAAGCCAAUAGAAACAGAAGUGAAGAACUGAACUUAAAUCCUUAAGUGUUCCCCCCAACUUAAAUGAAAGAUGUGUCAUGAAAAGAUAGGGAAAGUAGUUGGCAAUUUUAUGGACUCCAUCCCAUUCUAAGUUUUAGAAAAUAACCUGCUAAAGAAUGAAUUCAUCAUUAUCUGUAAGUCACAUCUCUUUCCUGGGGGGGGGGGUGUCAUAAAAAAGGACCCGUGGAAUAAUAGUGAAGAAAUCAUAGCCAAUGCAAAUUCUCAUGGCUCAAAAUCUCUCCAUUUGGGAAGGGAGAAUGUGUCCUGUGCCACCAUUUUUCUUAUGACUCAGUUUGUGACUUUUUAUAAGUGGUUUGUAUGUAGUAUAGGGGUUUCACAGCAGCCUGAUUAUAUAAACUACUUCGUAUUUUGUUCCUGAGGUUAGGAGUUUCCUCCUUCACAAGAACUAGAACCGAUUUGUAGAGUAACAGAAAUGUCUAUUUUCAUGCAGCUUUUUUUUUCCUGAACGUAAACUACAAUUUCCUAUUUGCUUUUUAAAUUGUCAUACAACUCGAAUCUUUAAUCUCAAUCCAGAUGAACUGACUGUCUGCAGCAAAGCUUUCCCAGCCUUGGUUCCCAUCCCUGAAAAUUAGAAUAGAGCUCAUUCCCUGGCGCUCUCCAUGGUACUGAAUCCCCUGAGUGCAAUAAAUCUCUCAUUUUUCAUCACAUCCGAUGUGUGGUUAUUUAUCUUCACUGUCGAUUUUUGUAGGAUUUACAGGACAUUCAGUACAAAAUAAUCACAUCCCCCUUUCUGGCA